AUGGAAAAUAUUCUAUUACAGAAAUUUAUAAAUGGAGGUUCCCUGAAAUGCUCCGACAUAGUGAAACGCUGCAACUGGCCGACAAGACACGACAAGAGCUGGGUCACCGACUGCUGUCAGGAUCUAUUCAGACCUGUCUUCACGGACUACGGCUUGUGCUACGCCUUCAACAGUCUACCUCUAACUGGCAUGACUAAGGACAUGCAACCCUGGCAUAGAAGUUUCUCCAACCUGACCACACCUGGGCCAUCUAUCUGGAACCUGGACGGGGGUUAUCCUAUAACGUACCCACCAGACCCAAACAUGCAUCCGUACAGAGUGAUGUUGGCAGGCGAAACCUUCGGCUUGAGCGUGGAGCUGUUUCUUAAUAAUAGUGAACACCAGUAUGCGUGUGAUGGGAAUAGCCUCGGGUUUACGGUCUUCAUAAGAUCUCCAACUAACCACGCCUACACCAGCACGGUCCUACGCAUCCCAAUGGACAAAAUGACCACAGUGGAAGUCUCCCCCAUCACAUACAAGACAGACGUGGGUCUGCGGGCCAUGGACCCUGAGAGAAGACAGUGUUACUUCCAGAACGAGAGGAAGUUGGAGUACUUCCAGUUUUACACGGAGACCAACUGUAAAAUGGACAUCUUUAUAAGGGAGGCUGUGUUGCAAUGCAACUGCUCCAUCUUUAACUGGCCUAGGAAAGCCAUAGCAGAUCCUAUCUGUUCCACCGCAGAAGAUUUCGAGUGUAUUGAUAGAGUCAGAAGCAUAGUGACAAAACAGCAGAUUUUCGCGUAUUACGACGACUGCGAGGAAGGGAAAACAUCAAACAGCGGCGGUACUUCAUGCCAUCCGUCUUGCAAUGACGUCAUCUAUUACAGCCAGGUGUUCUACUCCGACCUUGUCAAGGAGACCGGCGACCCGUCACCUACGUGGGGUGAUCCAAAACGGAGAGAGUUAACUCAAUUGAACGUUCACUUCUAUGAAGAUAUGUUUUUGGGACAACACCGUCAUGCUCAGUAUGAUGACUACUAUUUUGUUGGUGCCAUAGGAGGUCUCCUCAGCCUGUUCCUGGGCUUCAGUAUCAUCAGCGUGGCAGAGCUGGUCUACUUCGUGCUACUGCGCCCUGUUUAUGUCGUUGUCAAGGAGCUGACCAAGGACGUCGACUGUCAAAACUGGAUUCACCAAUAAUAUACCACUUGAUGUUUUCCACUGUAAUAAAAUCGGCAUCCCUAUA